AUGGCAACUUUGCAGGUCGAAUUAUCUCUCAGUCUUUGGGAGAAGGUGCUUAUACGCGAGACAAAUGAGGCCUUUUUUGAAGAGCUCGGCGCGCUCUACCCCCAGGAAACACCUGUUAGCCAACAAUGGGUUCGAAAUAACUGGAGCUGGGCCACUCAAGUUUUGAUUCAACUGAGAGAUUCAUGUAAUGACUUGGACGAUGAAGAAAAUGCGAUACAUCAGAAGGACCCUCAUCGAACGUGGCAAGUUCUACGAAACAAGCUUUCAUCCCGAAUCCAGACAGGUACAUCCUCGGACAGCUACAGCUGCCGCUCCAGAACGCGACAAUUUCUCGAUACCAACAAGAACCUAGAGCCACUCAUCUCUCAACAACAGCUCCCAUUCAUCGCCUCAGACUGCAUCCAGCUCACGAAGCAAGAUAACCAAGAUUGGCAAUCUAUUUGGGACUUCUCCAAGUUCAUCAAAACCAAUCACCCCCGACUGCGUGGUCUUCACUGUUCCAUUGGUGACCGAGAAGAACUAGAGCAGCGGUUUUCCACGAUAAACCCUCCACAGAAUGUCGAAGAGGCAGAUCUUAUCAGUCAAAAGAGCCAUGGUAAUCUUGAGGCUAUCGAGAUGAAUAUGGUGCACGAAUAUCCUGCUUUUGAUGUUUGUUCCAUGGUUCGGACCGUCGCUUCAUACUGUCGGCAAUCGCAAAUAAACCUUCCAGAGGAACUGGCGCACCUACAUCGAGAACUGUAUAGUUUCAUCGAUGAGUUGGAAUACAUCCCGAUCUCAGAGUUGCGUUUAGAGGGCGACCUCGCCCAGAAUCCGGUGGCAUCAUGGCUUCCAAGAAAGAGCUGUCCGCUAGAUCAUCAUCUUUUUACCGAGGAGGAGGUAUUCAAAUACUGCAUCGAGGCCAGGUUUGAGUUUCCAGGGUACCGUGAUCAAAAUGGCAUCAUUUUUGAAGCGACAGAACUAGACAAGAACCAGCUUUGCAAGUCUAGAAAGGACCUAUCUAUCUUGUGGAAUGAUUGCGGUUUUACGUUUGAUCCAGCUGAGAACCGGAUCUACUUGCUGCAAACCCGUCCAGGAAUAAAAUUUCGAGAACUCCAGAAACGCUUCAGCUUGGAUACUGCCCGCAAAUACUUUAGGAUGAUCACUGAUGCAGUUCGACUGAAUGAGCUUCAAACGCUUGAAAGCGUUUUGCAAGUCAUGGACCUACAGGAUUCCCAUCUUAAAACCUAUGACGGCCUCGUUGAGAUCAUCCCGUUCCAGGACAUCAGCUUUUCCGAAGAAACAGACGACACUGGACACAGCGGAGCCAUUCGUUUUGGAGGAUGGCAUGUUCCGCAAGGAGCAAGACUUCAAAACCCCGACGGAGAAGUCAUCCCAGUCGCUCUGAAACUGGUUUGGGGAUCUGAAUACCCAGAUCGGGACCGUAAAAAACGUGAGCUUAAGAACAGCAUUGUCACGCUCACGGAUGCGCCUAUAGCUUCCAUACGACUCGUUGGGAUCACAAUCAAUCCCAAGUCAAAUGAGACUUUUCUAGUUUUCGAGAAAGCAAAGGGUGUACCGGCGUUUCUAGAUGAAGCACUUCUUAACAAUGGGAAAGACUGGGAUCUAAUAACAGAACUUUUCAGAGACGCUGCCGACAGCCUUAAAAUAAUCCAUCAGCGUAAACUCUUGCAUCGCGACAUACACAUGGGAAACGUAAUGAUUCAUUACGUUCCUUGUCCUAAUGAUCCAUUCGACCCUGAGUACGCUGAACUUGUCAUCAUUGACCUUGGAGAGGGCAAAGACAUGACAAGCCGUGCCUGGCUUACGCCAAAUACAUACGGAAAUGCUGAUUACCGGGCUCCAGAGGUCAUUUCAGGUCGCCAGUACAGCAUUAAAUCCGAUGUUUUUGCCGUUGGAUAUCUGAUGACUGAGAUAUUAGAGAUCAGGUCGACGAAGGCAGGUGAUGAUCAAGUCCCUCAAGUACUUUGGAACAUAGUCGCUAGUUGUCUUCAGAAGGACCCUGAUCGUAGACCAAAAGCUCACGAGCUUGCUGCAGACGUUGAGAGACUGCGCGAUGGCUUCUUCGUGGUGCCGGAGAAGAAGGAAGCGGCGGUGAGAGGAGAGGUGGUCUUGAAUGGCCCAUUUAACUUUAACUCUCGAAGGUAA